GCCGGGCCGGGUCCCUGUCGAGCGGAGGGCGGUCCCCGCCGCGGGCCGUCGCCGAGACAGAGGGUGGCCACCGUAACGGAGGCGUAUAUAAAUACAGUAGGCGACGCAGGAGGGGACACAACAGACCAGGACACGCGAACAACAUGGCUCGAGGUGCUCGGGCUCUGCUUGCUGUGACGCUGCUCGCGGUGACGGUCGCCGCAGACAAGGGCGCCGCCGUGCACCAUCAUCCGUACGGCUACCGUCCGAUCAGCUACGACUACAAACCCUUCAGCUACAGCUACGGCGUGCACGAGCCGUACCGACAGAACACGAACGUCCACCACUACCAGCACGGUCUCGGCUACGGCUACCCCUACGGCUACGGCCACCGUUACGGCCACCCGUACAACUACGGCCUCGGGUACGGAUACGGUUACGGUCUACCAGCGUACAGCCAUGUGAAGUACUCUGGUUACCCGACGGGCUACGCUCUACAAGUGGCUCACUCGAAAGUGCAUCCCAACAAGUAUGCCAACAGUCACGCAUAUGCUCACAAGCCUGCCGAGUUUGGCUAUAGCUCGACGGUAGUGCACCCUGCCGGCGCGGUGGUGGCGGUGCUGCGCCCUGUAGGCGGAUACGGAAAGCUAAAAGUGCUGCACGGCAAAGCUGCUGAAGAGAAGCCUGGGAAGACUGAGUCGGCUGCUGCGGCAGAUGAUGAGUCGGCGUCAGGAGAGGGGAUGAUUGAUGAGGACGUGAUCGUGUAGUAGACAGCGACCGAGGGACGUGACUGAGACAGCAAGGAUGUCACUGCAUCGCAAAGCAUGCUGGCAUAAUACUAAACGUGGAUGGACACUGUCAGUGAAGUGUGUAUCUAGCUCCAUUUCACAUAUAUUUUGCCUAGAUAUGUUCAAUAAAUUCGUAUGGGCAUUGUUUUUAAAACAA